UUGUACGCUGCAGUAGCAAAUGGAAGAUGAAUGGUGUUUAGGAACUUGCAGGUCAAAUUGCAAGUAUUGUUUGACCUCAAACUGAUGCACAAAGACCAGGAGCAUUGACCUUUUUGUCAUGUUGGACGAGCCCUCCCCCCUUGCUCCCCAAAAGACAGGAAAAGCUUGCUGUUCCAAUAUUGACUCUAGACCCCCCUGCCACGCUUCUCUAACCUGUGGUGUUUUGUUGUAUUCCCAUUGUCUGCAAAGGUAACAGCAGCCCUGCCGCUAGAGGACGUGUAAAGUUGUGUCUGAGACCUGGAAGUGUGCUGAUGGCUUCCACAGAUGUGUCUCACAACCCUUUUGGUGUGUGUGAGGACAAGCGACACAGGAACCCAGCAACAAGCGUGUCCGUCCUCUCGGCAGGGUGACGUCGUUAGCCAACCUCAUUUCUCCGGUGAAGAAUGGGGCCGUCCGGCGCUUCGGCCAAAGCAUCCAGGCCUCCUUCCGGAGCGAUGGCAAGUCGCCGGGCAUGCCCCAGAAGCCUUGUAGCAAGGCGGCGGCCCCCACGCCACCUAAAAGGAGAAACAGUACGCUGUGGUCAGAGACGCUAGACGUGCACCAGAAGGGGACCUUAACCGCCAAAGAGAUCAAGCGGCAGGAGGCCAUAUUUGAGCUGUCUCGCGGAGAACAGGACCUGAUUGAGGACCUCCAACUCGCACGCAAGGCGUACCAUGACCCAAUGCUGAAGCUCUCCAUCAUGUCCGAAGAGGAGCUCUCUCACAUUUUUGGCGACCUGGACGCCUACAUCCCCCUGCAUGAGGAUUUGCUGGCACAGCUCUCCAAAGCAACAGGCUCCAACGGAACCGUGGGACAGAUCGGUCAGAUUGUCGUCAAUUGGCUACCCAGGCUCGACGCUUACAAGGAGUACUGCAGCAACCAGUUAGCGGCUAAGGCGCUCCUGGACCAGAAGAAACAGGACCGGCGGGUGCAGGACUUCCUGCAGCGCUGCCUGGAAUCACCCUUCAGCAGGAAGUUGGAUCUCUGGAGCUUCCUGGACAUCCCGCGCUCCCGCCUGGUCAAGUACCCACUGCUGCUCAAAGAGAUCCUCAGACACACUCCACCAGAGCAUCCAGACACCGCCAGCUUAGAACAAGCAAUCACCAUCAUCCAAGGUGUGCUGUCAGACAUCAACCUGAAGAAGGGCGAGUCUGAAUGCUUGUACUACAUCGACAAGCUGGAGUAUCUGGACGACCGGCAGCGAGACCCUCGCAUCGAACAGUGCAAAAGCCUGCUGUGUCACGGGGAGCUUCGUAACAAGAGUGGGACGAAGCUCCACGUGUUCCUGUUCACCGAGCUGCUUGUUCUGACUCGCUCAGUCACCCGAAACGAGCGCCAGUGCUUCCAAGUGUACCGCCAGCCGAUUCCCGUGCAGGAUCUAGUGUUGGACGACCUGCAAGACGGCGACGUCAGGAUGGGCGGUUCCUUCAGAGGCGCCUUCAGCAACGCAGACAAAGCCAAGAACAUUUUCCGGGUGCGCUCCCAAGACCCGAGCCAGGCCCAGUCACACACACUGCAGGUGAACGACGUCUUCCACAAGCAGCAGUGGCUCAACUGUCUCCGCGCCGCCAUCUCCAUCUACCGGCCCCACGGUGAGCCCCCCUCGCCCGCCCCGCGUGAAGUGACGGACGCCCGCUCCAAGCGCCGCCCGUCCUCCGUGUCCGCCAUCGUCCACAUGGAGGAGACGGAUGAGAACUGCCCGCAGCGGCUGUGUCAGUCCGCGCCCAGCUCCCCCUGCGGCGACACAAGCCCGAGCCCGUCAUCCCAGAGUCCUCCAUCCCCCUCAUCAGCAUCAUCAGCAUCGCCAACAUCACCAGCAUCUCACAAAACCAAAAAGGACAAGAAGUCUCUUUAUUCUUUAGGGAAGAGAAAAGAGACGAUGGUGUGACGCGGGAUGGAGAAAACUUUUUUUUUUUGUACAGAAACACGUAAAAGCGUGGGACUUGUAUUUAUGUGUGUCAGCGUGUGCGUACCCUUGCAGCAGUGUUCCGUGUUACUGUCCUCUUUGGCAGCUGUUUACCUCACCCCUCCUUUUUAAGUCCAUCCCACAGAGCAGGCUUUCCCAAACCUAAUACACUGGAACCCGUUUUAAGUCCACCCUGCUUAUGUCGACAAGCCCCACUCCAACAAGAUCUUAUUUUUACCAAAAAGUGCCCGCUUAAGUUGACAUAGCAUACAUAGUCGCUUUUGGAGACACAAAAUCUGAGACCCAAAGGGGUCAUUUCUUUGUUGAUGUCGACUCACUAAGUCCUGGUCCACUGUGUGCUUCUUAUUACUAUAGAGUGCCCACGACAACAUUAAAACGUGCACACAGUGACUUCCUGUUCAGUGCAAAGUAAGCUUAACCUGGAUCCUACAACAGCAACUACCAAAAUGCACCCAUAGAUUGGUAGCCACUGGAGGAAAGAUCUGCGCGUGUACAAAAGCUUUAUUGUCAUUGUAGUCAAGACAUAGAAGGAAAUUAGCACAGCAGCUGUUUGCUAAGAGUAUAAAAUACUGUAGAAAAACAAAAGAAUGCAAAUAAAAAUGAAGGAAAACCAUAUCAGCAAACAAAAAUCCCUUAUUCUCGCCCAUUCAGGCGUGUUUCCGUUUCGCUUAUGUCGACGUGAGCAGUCCGAGGGGCGUCGACUUAAUACAGGUUCCACUGUACAAUAUACUGUAUGAUGUAUCAUUGGCGGAUACACGGAGUACAAACUAACAAUGAACGUUGGGAAGGCUUGGCUUAGAAACCCUGCCAUGGACGUCUGCCCUGACACAUGAAGCACUGUCAUGUGUUAGCUGGUCUCUAAUCCCUUUAAACCUUGUUUACCAUGAAUAUUUAAGCAUUUUUUUUCCUGCAGUAGAAGCGGGUGUGGAGGAGUUUUACAUUUUUAUAUUCUAAAUGUGGUAUUUUUAGGUAAAAUAAAGGAGCACUGUUUUAGCUUUUAGGUAGCGCAUGUGUUAAGGUAAUACAGGAAGACAACCCCGUUAUAAAUAAUUUAAGAUGUACCAUACAAGUAUCUCUGUGAAGGUGAAUGACAAUAUGUCUUAUUUUUAUACAUUCCUCCAAUGACAAAUGUCAGGACACGGUCGCCGUUUAAGUUUUGGCGUUCACGUCAGGCGUUAUUUAAAAUCCAAACACACAUUGGAUGUCAAAACACACCAAAGGGAGUCCUUGCUUGGGGAGCCAAUUUUUUUUUUUUUUUUUUUUUUUUUAACUGAGCCACGUUUGGCUUUCCAAGGAGACGAUGAACUUUUUCAGUGUAGCAUCUUGCAUGGGGGUUGAAGUUGUGGACGCUACUUUGCACCAGAGGGGACUGGGAUGCACGACACGCUCGAUGUGUCCUUCGAGACGGGAUUCAAACGCAAACGGAGGAAAGCACGUCGUCUGGGAGCAGAAGAGAACAGAUGGUGUUUGGACACGGAGACGCGGUGGUUGUAGGAUGGUGAGAACGACAGUUGGGGAAACGUACGUAGGGGAAGAGGAAAAAAAGAAAGGUUUCUGUAUGUUUAUGUGGACUGAAAAUAAGACAAGAAAAAGGGUGUACUCGCCAUUAACUUGACCUAAUUAUGAGAAUAAAAAUCUGCGUAAGAUUUGCAUCUGAAACUUUCGGUGUUGUGUCUUCAUUAUGCUGAUGCUGGAAUUUAGACAGUUUUAAGAUGUGUAGCGAAGCCUCUUUUUUUUUUUUUGCAAACAAGCUUCACAGAUCACAUUUAGCGUGUGUUUGUUUACCGCGGGACAUCCCCGAAGGCAAUCCCAUUAUCUGUAUUAUCUUUAACCCAAACUCAUUUUAAUAGUUGGGAGUUUUGUUGUUCUCCCCGAGGCGGACGAAAAGAUGAAGGCGAUGUUUGUUUGAGAGACGUGCGCAUUAAGCCUGUCAGCCUGUUUGCGUCUCAUGCGAGUGAUGAGUGCUCCUCUUCUGUAACUGCCGGUCGCAGCGAGCAUACUUUGACAUAACGUUCGGGCUAUGAGGUGGGAUGGCAGCUGUGAACCCGUGUGACCUGUACUUUAUUUUAUUUUCAUGUGUAUUUCCACAUUUUGUUUCAUGGUUUUCUCCGGUUUCGUCCCACAUUCCAAAAACAUGCAUGUUAGGUUAAUUGGAGACUCUAAAUUGUCCGUAGGUAUGAAUGUGAGUGUGAAUGGUUGUGUGUCUAUAUGUGCCCUGCGAUUGGCUGGCAACCAGUCCGGGGUGUACCCCGCCUCUCGCCCGAAGUCAGCUGGGAUGGCGACAUAGAAGAUGGAUGGAUGGGUGUAUUUCGGGGCUUGUAGGAAGGUGUAGGUGUAUUGUAAGUGACACAGUCGCACAAGGGGACGUUUUGAAUGUGUGUGUGUGUUCAUGUUAAUAUGACAAACAAGCCUUCGGUUAUAUUCCCUCUGCCGUGUGGCCUUUUUAACAUGCAUGAGCCUUGGCUCCAUGAAUGAACCUCCCACAUGCUCCGCCCCCUCACACACACACACACACACACACACACAUCACAGUGGGCUCAGCUGGCAUUAAAUCAUACGCACAUUUCUGUGGAAGCACUCAGAUCGGCAAAACGGCUGAGAUGAAGAGCAAGCACUGUUUUUAAAAUGUUAAAUCAUUAAAAAAUUCCCAAGACCCGGGACCACAACACAAAUAAAUCAAAAAUUGUACAAUAA